AUGAAGCACAUCAAGAUCAAGCCGGCGCGCAUCGUCAGCGUCGACGUGCCUGGCGGGAAGGCUCUUGUGGGGGAGGUGAUAUCUGGGCCGGAUGCUGCCGCCAUUGACGUGUCAGUUCUCGGUUGGGCCGCCGCCGUGCCCCAGUCGCUCAUCUGCCUGUUCCCUCCGCCACCGCACGAGGCACCGCUCCUCGCGGCCACCGCAUCCUCCGCCCCUGUUCCGCCCCGUUCAUGCAUCUCACUUGGUUCAUACUCGAGCGCGGAAGAGGCAGCGCGCGCGUACGACAUGGCGGCGCGGAUGCUGCGAUGCGAUGCGGCGGGGAGUCUCAACUUUCCCGACAGCCGUCAAGAUGUGCCGCUGCCACCCGCCACCGCCGAGUUGCUCGUCCGCAUGCAUCAGGAGGUAGCGGAGGACGCGGCAAAGGUCCUUCCGU